CCUAACAGCUCUUUGCUGCUUCUGCUCUUCCUCAUCCCUCCAUCCUCCAACUCUGCAGCUCUCCUCCAACAUGGCAGCACUGUGGCUCCAGUCCUCUCUGCUGGUCUUACUGGUGGCAUCGUGGACGAGCUCCCAGGCCGUUGCUCCUUCGCAGCACCUGUGCGGCUCUCACCUGGUCGACGCUCUCUACCUGGUCUGUGGCAGCAACGGCUUCUUCUACAACCCAAAGAGAGACGUGGACCCUCUGCUGGGUUUCUUCCACCCGAAGGCAGUCGCAGCUGCUGCUCCGGGCGGCGAGAACGAGGUGGCCGAGUUUGCCUUCAAGGAUAAGAUGGAGAUGAUGGUGAAGCGUGGCAUCGUGGAGCAAUGCUGCCACAAGCCCUGCAACAUCUUCGACCUGCAGAACUACUGCAACUGAGCAGGACUCGGCCGGGCUUCGAUUAGCUCGGCUCGGCUAACGCAGCCUGACCCUCCCCGACCUCCACCCUCCUUUCUGAAGAGCAGCCAUUCGGAACUCUCCCUGAAAAACAGCUAAAGCCACCAAAGUGCUGAGAGACGGACGAAGCUAUUUUUCCUAGAAAAUAAA